AAUGCUUGCAGCGUAAGUUCUCACAACACCCCUAGAAGGAAGCAUGUUUGGCUACAGAUGAUUGCUCACAGUGAAACCCACUUCAAGGUGAGUGGGUUGCUAAGCAACCAGUUGUCAAAUAGAACUCUGCCUCACCAACAAGCAGUGAGGUCACAAUCAGCUAAGAUUCUUUGAAUGUGUUUACAGCUUCUUUCAUUCUAAUCCUGAACACUUUGAGAUGAACAUGGAUACCCUCUGUAGCGAACUCUCUUGUCCUAUUUGCCUGGAAAUAUUCACUCCACCUAUUUUGGAGCUGCCCUGCUGCCAUAACUACUGUAAGAAAUGUGUCCAGCAAACUAUCGAUGCUCAAAAUAGUCCUCGCAAUAACGGACAAUUUGUUUGUCCCAUGUGCCGCAAGUCGACACACCUACGCGGCAAAGGAAUUAAUGGGAUUAAAAGGAACCUAUUUGCUGAAAAUGUGCUGGAUAAGAUCAAACAAGACAUUAAGAAUAUGGCUAAAGAAGAGCUGACCAGAAAAGAGCUGUGCCCUCAACAUGAUGAGGAGGAAAAUCUGGUAAACCAGACCUGAAUAUAUGUAUAUAUUUCAGGUCCAAUCUAUUUCUUAUGAAAAAAUGUCUCUAAAAUUCUGAGCAUAGUGUAGAGCUGAAACUGAGUUUUUUCUUUCCUGCAGUACUGUCUGACAGACAAUCAACCAAUCUGCAGCACCUGCAAGAUUUUUGGAGACCACAGUGCCCAUGAGAUUGCUAGGAUAGAUGAUAUGUACAAGGUGCGAAAGGAGAGCUUUGCUAUGCAGAUGAAGAUUGUGCUGUCCAAAUGUGAUGGACAUGCCAACAUUAUCGAGGAGCUGGGACAUAACAUACAACUGCUUCUGUUCAGCAAAAAGCAGACUCAGGACUUCGUAAAUAAAGUUGGAGACAGCCUGAUCUGGGAGAUCCAGAUGAAAGUGUCUGCGCUCCUUAUGCGGAUUGAAGCUGAAAGUGACAUGAAGUCCAAACGCAUGCAGGACGGCCUAGAGGUGCUCAACGAGCCUAAAAUGCUCUAUGAAGAGAUGGUCCAACAUGUCGAACAGACCAAAACACCCCUUGAGUUUCUCAAGAAGGAGGCGUCUCUAAGGGCGAGAGCUGAAAAGCUUGUCAUGCUUGAUGAGCUUGGCCCGGAGUACAAAGACUACGUCUCGCACGGCAAGUACCUUGAGGAGCUAUUGACCGGCUUCGAUGUAAAAAAGAUGGGCAAAGUGAAAAGAAAAGGUCUCGUGAGGAAAAUCUCUCAGGUCCUGAAAGUCUGGAAAUCCGACAGAAAACAUUUUGAUCUUACUGCUUACCGAAGUUUAGAUUUGAUGCUGACAAAAAUCGCGUCUCUUGAGCAAGAGCAAAACAACGAUUCCGAUAACAGCUUGAGUUGGGAACUUGAAAGCUCCUCUGAAGAAGACGACGAGGAUCCCAGUGACGCAAAGGAUGCCACAACAUCUAAGCACAAAGUGCUACAAAGGUUAAAGUGCAACGUCUAAGCACACCGAGUGCUGAAUAAGAACGCGACUGCAUUCAAAUGUAUCAUACUUUUACAUCAAGUUUAUUAAAGAUCAAUAAAUAUUAGUUCUUCAUCAACCUGGUCUCUCUCAAGCGCCUCACCCUACUGAAAUUAAAUUGUUUUUAAAAUCCAAUUUAGCGACAUCUGGCGUUCAUAUGAAGAAACUAGGGUUACUCUUUAAUGGGACACCUAAUCGUAACAACAUUGUGAUGCACCAAAACAAUUAAUUUCUAUAUACAAGACAGUAUCUAUGUGUAGGUUUAAA